AUGCAACGGGACCUUCGGUCCUUUUCCCCCCUGGGGAACGGCCCUCUGGCCAGCAACGGGACCCUCGGUCCCUUUCCCCCCUGGGGAACGGCCCUCUGGCCAGCAACGGGACCCUCGGUCCCUUUCCCUCCUGGGGAACGGCCCUCUGGCCAGCAACGGGACCCUCGGUCCCUUUCCCCCCUGGGGAACGGCCCUCUGGCCAGCAACGGGACCCUCGGUCCCUUUCCCCCCUGGGGAACGGCCCUCUGGCCAGCAACGGGACCCUCGGUCCUUUUCCCCCCUGGGGAACGGCCCUCUGGCCAGCAACGGGACCCUCGGUCCCUUUCCCCCCUGGGGAACGGCCCUCUGGCCAGCAACGGAACCCUCGGUCCGUUUCCCCCCUGGGGAACGGCCCUCUGGCCAGCAACGGGACCCUCGGUCCCUUUCCCCCCUGGGGAACGGCCCUCUGGCCAGCAACGGGACCCUCGGUCCCUUUCCCCCCUGGGGAACGGCCCUCUGGCCAGCAACGGGACCCUCGGUCCCUUUCCCCCCUGGGGAACGGCCCUCUGGCCAGCAACGGGACCCUGGGUCCCUUUCCCCCCUGGGGAACGGCCCUCUGGCCAGCAACGGGACCCUCGGUCCCUUUCCCCCCUCGGGAACGGCCCUCUGGCCAGCAACGGGACCCUCGGUCCCUUUCCCCCCUGGGGAACGGCCCUCUGGCCAGCAACGGGACCCUCGGUCCCUUUCCCUCCUGGGGAACGGCCCUCUGGCCAGCAACGGGACCCUCGGUCCCUUUCCCCCCUAGGGAACGGCCCUCUGGCCAGCAAUGGGACCCUCGGUCCCUUUCCCCCCUCGGGAACGGCCCUCUGGCCACAAACGGGACACUCAGUCCCUUUCUCCUUUGGAAACGUUGUGGGUGUCAAGACGGUCGUCCUUGCGAGGGUGUAA